AUGUGGACCGGAGCUAGAGGAACACGUCGUGCUGCGCAGAAAGAGAUCGACUACUCUUCCGAGGAGGCUCAGCGCAAGGCCGGCUUGGCAGGUGGUUCCGCGGAAGAGCAGGAGGAGGAUGACGGGGAGUUCAAGGUGAGGCUUGCGUGCUCUCCCUUGACAGCGAUGUGCCCGAACGAUUGGGGCGCAUACAGUCGGAACAGAGCGGAGCACUGACCUUUAGCGCUCCUUUCAAAGGGCGAGGAUAUGGAGGAGUAA